AUGAACGGGUUCUACUCAAAAUUUGCAGAACUCCAAUUACUUAUUAAAGAUUACACACCCACCAUAAUAUGCCUACAAGAGACAAACCUCACAGACAAGAACAAUCCUUCGUUAUCUCAAUACAACAUCUAUAAAAAAAACCGAAAUACGUGCGACCGAGCCAGCGGCGGCGUAGCAAUUUUCGUCAGUCAAGAAUACCCUAGCGAAGAAAUACAUAUAAACACUGAUAUAGAAGCUGUCGCGUUUAUAGCCUAUGUCAAUACUGGAGGAUUCAACGUCAUCACAAUAGAUUGGAGUUCUAUUGCCCGUGAUGUUAUAUAUCCUAUAACAGCAUAUACGACUACACAAGUUGGCUCUCUGUUUGCCGAAUUUUUAAAAAAAUUGAUCCAUGUAAUUGGUAUAAAUCCAGAAUUCAUACAUUUAAUAGGCCAUAGUCUUGGUGCUCAUGUUGUAGGAUCAUGUGGUUCUUAUUUUAAAUCAAGAAAAAUUGGCAGGAUUACUGGUUUGGACCCAGCCGGCCCCGGAUAUGAGUUUAUUCCUGAUCAUUUAAUCCAUUUAAAUUCAACUAAUGCAAAAUUCGUAGAUGUUAUUCACACGUCAGCUGGAUCUCUUGGUUAUUAUCAAAGUAUUGGUCACGUUGACUUCUAUCCCAAUUCUGGAUUUGCACCACAACCAGGAUGUGACUCACUACUAAAUUUGUGGGAAAUGGAACAAUGUAGUCAUGCCUAUUCAUAUAUGUUAUAUACUUAUUCUGUGUAUCACAAAACAACUUUGACUGCAGUAAAUUGUUCUUCGUGGUCAGAUUUCCAGCACAACAAAUGUAUAAAUAAUAAAACCAUUUUCAUGGGACACGAGACACCACCCAGUGCUAGAGGUAAUUUCUACAUGAAGACUAAUAAAACGAAUAUUUCUUAGUAUUUUAAAAUAUAUAAAUAUAAUAAAUACAUUAUAAAUAUUUACAAAUAGGUAAUACAUAAUGUUUACAGUAAAUUAAAUGUAUUUUAACACAUAUUACGAAAUUAUCUAAUUGAUGUUUAAUAUAUUAAC